AUGGAGGAAGAAGGUAAGGGACCUGUGAAGCACCUCUUGCUUGCUAAGUUCAAAGAUGACGUAACUCCAGAGAAAAUCGAAGAACUCAUCAAUGGUUACGCCAACCUCGUCAAUCUCAUCGAACCUAUGAAAGCUUUCCACUGGGGAACAGAUGUGAGCAUUGAGAAUCUGCAUCAAGGUUUCACACAUAUCUUUGAAUCCACAUUUGAGAGUAAAGAAGGUGUAGGAGAAUACAUUGCUCAUCCUGUUCACGUCGAAUUCGCAACAAAGUUUCUAGGUAGCUUGGAUAAAGUUUUGGUUGUAGACUACAAGCCUACCUCUGUGCAUCUUUGA